AAGUGGCAGUCGGCUAUGAUUUACAUCGGGCUUGCCCUCAGACGCAAUACAAUAGACUGAAGCAAGAUGCACGAAGAGCUCCUUUCAGCCAUAUUCGUCCUCUUGGCCACAGACAUGCUGCUUCCAAUACGCACUACCCCACCACGUCAUGCGCAAUGCGACAUGAAACAGUUCGUGAAUACUUCAGAAGUAAUAUGGACGUAUAAAACAACUUAUACUAGAAAUAUCAGCUGCGAGUGCAAUAAAAUGGAGUGUAUGACUCCAUUGGAUAUCAGAUACAAGAGGAAUUUCCUAUUCGACCAGCAAAGGUGUUCUAUUCCCCUCAGGGGACAGUUUUUGCCGUUGUAUCCGGAACGGAUGACCGUCAUGACCCGAGCUUUGCGACCUGUGUCUGCUGAAAUAUUGCUCUAUUUGGCUGCAGACUUGUCCUGUGCCGUUAUGAAGGUCAGGACAAUAGGAAGGCGUGCAAAACUCCGCAUCGAACUCCGCGUGAGAAAUUCGACAAUGGUACGAGGAAGACCAAGCGCAGAAUGCAGAAGCCAUUUUUAUCAAGCUGUAAAAAGAAGGUUGACGUACCACAUGUACCGCCCAAACUGUCAGGCGGCGUUUCUCUUUCCACAUAAUGACGUAAUCUCUUUGCCUGAGUGAAAUAUUUUGUGGGCAACAAUAAACACAAUUGUGGU